GUACAUAUAUAUAUACAUAUUGCGCGGCCAUUUUGAAUGCCCACCUUCAACCGUAUCGAGGGACGUUAUUCAGAAGUAAACUAGGCCCGCCUAGAUUCCCUAGAACUUACGUUUUGAACUGUUCAUUCAAAGAAAUAUCGGCUUUCUGACAUGAAACUUCGCAUGCGAAUCAACACACUUACUACGCGGAUGAGCUAGUCUGGAUCGGAUACCAAAAGAUUCUGAACGCCAUGCCCAGCAAAAAAGGGAAGACACUGUCGGAGGUGUUUGAGGAUUGCCAGAAAGGAAUCCACAACCACGCCAAGCUAACAACUGCUCUCAGAACUACGUAUGAUGAGCUUGAUGACAAGACGGCAUUUCACCAAGAGUUUCUGGGCUUCUUCAAGCAUGCGCUGAUCAUCUUCAAGCGGGAGCCAGCUGUCGAGCGCACCCUGGACUUUGUGGCCAAGUUUGCUGCGUCGUUUGCCAUAGUAGAAAAGUCAGCGGACGAAGCAGAGGAAGAACCAGCCGAGUCACCGGCAGACAACUUCAUGGUCUUUCUGUUUUCGUUUCUGUUUCAGCAUCACAAUGCCCGGGACCGUGCCGUGCGUUUCCGUGUCUGCCAAAUGAUCAAUAAGCUGCUGGUCAACCUGGGCGAUGAGGCGCAGAUCGACGAAGACCUGUUCGAGCAGAUCUACGACUGCAUGCUGAUUCGCUUGCACGACAAGUUCCCGGCUGUCCGCACCCAGGCCGUGACGGCCGUGGCGCGGCUGCAGGACCCAACUGACGCCGACUGCCCAGUUAUAGCCGCCUAUCUGCAUCUGAUUGAGCAUGACGUCAACUAUGAAGUCCGCCGUGCUGUGCUGUCCAACCUGUCCAUGUCGACCAGAACACUUCCCAAAAUCCUGGACCGCACACGCGAUGUCAAAGACUCAGUCAGGAAGACAGCCUUCCUGGUUCUAGCAGAGAAGGUGCACAUUAAGGCCUUGACCAUUGCCCAGCGUGUCCAGUUACUGCAGGAUGGACUCACUGAUCGCUCAGACACGGUGAAGGAUGCCUGCUCGGGCAAGCUCUUGCAGGCCUGGCUGCGCAUCUUUGACGGCAACGUCUUGGAUCUUCUGGCCUGCCUGGAUGUGGAGAACUCCUGCAAGACGGCCGAGCUGGCCCUCGACGUCGUGCUGCGCAAAGCCCAGUCCCAGGAACUGGUGGACAACUUUGACCUACUGGAUGAAACGUAUGUCAUCCCAGCAGACAAGCUGACUUGUGAGAGCGCCCUCUAUUGGCAGUGUCUGUGUAGCUUCUUGAAGGCUCAAGGUGCAGACGGAGAGAUGCUGCUGGAUAGAAUGCUGCCCAACGUGACGAUAUUCUCCAACUACAUCAGAAGUUUCUUAGAGAAGCUGAAGCCCACCGCUCUGAACGAGACGGAAGUUGAAGAAACACUCAAGCAGGAGUUUGUGGCUCAGCAGCUGCUGCAGCUGUGCGGGAUCCUGGACCUCUCUGAUGAAGUUGGCAGAAAGCACCUUGAUGUGAUGAUUCGGGACAUGCUGAUUGCCCCCCACAUUCCUUCUUCCCUGGUCCCCCGCCUGGUAACCCACUUCACCACGCUGCACCCAGGGGACGAGGAACAAGUCAACCUGACGGCGGAGAUUAUCGCGGACGUCCGGGAACCCAUCUCCGUUCUGGAGACCAGUCUUACCGAGGGCGAGAAACGCAAGAAAGAGCUCAAGUUGGCCAGCGUGCGCGUGGAGCUGAACCAGGCUCGUGAUGCGCUGGAAGACUGCGUCAAUAUGGAAGACUUCAGCCGUGCUGCCGAGCUGAAGAAUUUAGUGACUGAAUUGGAGGCAAGCAAGCACUCUCUGCUGGAGGAAUCCAGCAUCAGUAUCAGGGAGGUCCGCUUGGAAAAGAGUGAUCCAGGAACUUUGGUGAAAUGUCUGACCAUCGCCAGCGAGAUACUCCAACGUCUGACGUCCAAGGGACUCAGUCCCACGCUGCAGACUCUGAUCGACACUCUGGUGUUGCCCGGGAUCCAGAACACCGAUCCGUCCGUGCGCAACAUGGCUGUCAAAUGCGUCGGGUUAGCCUCCCAGCUCAGCCGUGACUUUGCCCACCGCCACUUGCUGCUUCUCAUGCAAAUCUCCCAAGUCGACCAGGAAACAAUCCAGGUGACCGCUCUGCAGUCCAUCUUUGAUCUCCUCCACACCUUCGGUCUGGAUGCUUUCAAGAUUGCCACUAGCGCCCCCUCAGUUGGCGACGGUGACUCUCGGGCCUCUGCCGAAGACCAAGGGGAUGAUGAGGUGGAGGAGCAGGGGGUAGAUGGGGGUACCGCAGGGUUGCAGCAGGACAAGAGUGCCGCUAGCAGCGUGCUGGCCAUCUUGACUGGGUUACUGGACAGCGAGAGUGUUGACGUGCGUACCGUUGUUGCCGAGGGGAUGGCUAAGUUGCUCCUCUCUGGCCGCGUGACGAGCCCCAAGCUCUUGUCUCGUCUCCUGCUGCUGUGGUACAACCCGACGACGGAGGAAGACCUUCAUCUUAGACACUGCCUGGGGACCUUCUUCCCAGUCUUUGCAUUUGCUGCCAGAGCCAACCAGGACUGCGUGGAGGAGGCCUUCCUGCCGACCCUGGACACGCUGUUCAAUGCUCCGACCACCUCCCCUCUGGCCCAGGUGAAUGAGAAUAACGUGGCAGAGUUGUUGGUUCACUUGACGGAUCAGCGCAACCUGAGGCAGGAGACGGCACUGCAGGAAAGCUCCGUUCAUGACAGCCUGAGUCUGAAGCUGUGCAACAAGAUCCUGGGCGACAUGGAAGCUCCUGGAGUGCGGGUGCUGUGCAAGGUCCUCAACAUGCUGCAUCUAUCCACCUCCAACGCAAACAUCGUGAAGGAUCUCAGCGUCUUGGCCGAGCAAAUGGUGGAGAAAGCCGAGGAGAAGAUGGCCAAGAAGUAUCUGGAGAAGUUCCGUCAGAACCUCCAGGAAUGCUCCGCCAAGCUGGACAAUGAUGCCACUGAGCCCCAGUCACAUGAAGGGGACAAUCGAGAGAUGGGUCAGGCAUCAGGGGACAAUCGAGAGAUGGGUCAGGUGUCAGGGGACAAUGGAGAGAUGGGUCAGGCGUCAGGGGACAAUGGAGAGAUGGGUCAGGCAUCAGGCGCUGAGGAGGGGACAGAGACUCAAACUACCGAGGAAGCGAAUGUUAACAAGACUCUUGAUCAGCAGGGUCAAGAUGUAACGUCCCCCGUCGUAGAUCGAGUUCCUCCCAUCAAUGGUUCACCAACUGUCCUUACCGUGAAUCGUACCGUCGGUGACGGAGCUGAUGAAGAAGCAGCACAGCCACCAAGAACAGGAGGCCGAGGUCAGAGGUCACGCAGAAAACCACCUGCCGUCACACAGGAAGAUGACACCGAGAAUAGUGUGUUUGAGAGUCCCGUUGUACAACCUCGCCGACCCAAGCGGUCAGGCAAGCGUGCAAAGGUCAAGAUGGCAGCCCUCCUGAGUGACAGCGAGUCGGAGACCGAGAAGACCAGAGCUGGUUUUGGGCGGACUAGAAACGUGCUCGCUCCCAUCAACACCGACGAAAGUACUUGAUGAAGUACACUAGCUGAAGAAAUGGCCUACUGUUGUAUGGAUUACUGUAGAAGUGUACCUGAAAGCCAAUUCAUGUCAUUGCAAAAUAAGUCUUUUUAUGGAGAGAUAUUAAGCAUCAACUAAUUCUGAAUUAUGUAAUAAUUGCUCGUGUAGUCAAAGUAGAAAAGAUUGAUGUAUUGCUCAUGCUUAAUAAAUGCUUAAUUUAAGCUAAAUAAGACAAGGUUGUUUUUUUAAUGGGUGAUGAACCUGUAACCUGACUCACAGAGAAAACAAAAUGGGAAGAUUUUUUUUAAUCCAUUUUUUUAUUAGUUAAAAGUGCACAGCCGGCAUGGACCAUACAUUUAAUAAACAUUACUGUACAGGCCUAGCGAUGAUGUUACAACAUCCAAAUACAUGUACAUGUUUGUAGUAUUUGCAUUGCUUGCAGGUGUAAUGUAGAUGAAGAUUAUGUACUUAAUAAUACUGUGUCGUUUUACCCAAUUAACUACAUGUACAUGUACAUAUGAGGAGUUUUUGGGGGGUUUAAGAUGUAUUGAUGGCAUGUAGGAUUAGUUGCUGUUCAUGCAUUUUGUUUGUUUCCAAUAAAACACCACUCACAAUCCAAAGGAUGUUUAAAACCAUGAACUGUGGAAGUCUCUGCUCAGUGGAUAUUGAACUUUUUCAGAAAAGUGCGAAAAUGCAUCUUCAUUUGUCCCAACGCAGAGCACAGGUUUCUAUUGACAACGCAAUGGUUGGGUCAUAACCAUCGAGGGAAAGGAUGAUUUAUUCCUGUUUUUUUUUAAACUGAGAGCAUACUAGGCACAACGAUUUCACACGAUGUUUGAUCCCAUCACAUACAUCCAGCCAAGUACUAUGAUAUUUUGGCAGUUUCAUUUUUGACUUUUUGCAAAUGAUCCUUAAAUGCCUUUGAAACAAAAGUGCAUCUCUGCACUGUAGUAGAUGCACAACCAAAUGCUUUAGCACAACGAGAGCUAACAAGGACAGACAAAAAUAAUAAUUUCGAAAUGUAAGUUUUAUUACCAGUUUUAAAAACACUUUAAUAAACUAUUACCCUGUAUAGCCUUGCAUUGGAUUAAACAAAACUUGGAUUCGGAAUC